UUUACUUGUUCCAUAGCAAAGUGUUAUGCUUCAUGAUAUGGUCAAAUCGUCAUGCAGUGUGACUGUCAGUAGAGGCAAUGGAGAUAUAGAAGAUGUAUGGGAACGUGAGUUAGUUCCUGGUGAUGUGUUGAUUAUACCACCUCAUGGCUGUUCAAUGACCUGUGAUGCUGUCUUACUCAGUGGUAACUGUAUUGUAAAUGAGAGUAUGUUAACAGGUGAAUCAGUACCAGUAACUAAGACACCAUUACCACAUUCUGUAGAAGAAGGACAAUUAAUUUAUAAUUCAAAUGAAUACAAAAGGCAUACACUGUUCUGUGGAACUGAGGUCAUACAAACUCGAUUUUAUGGAAGUGAAAAAGUCAAAGCUGUUGUUGUGAGUACAGGAUUCAAUACAGCUAAAGGUACACUUGUGAGGGCUAUUCUAUAUCCAAAACCAAUGGACAUUAAACUGUAUCGAGACUCUAUGCGGUUUAUUGGUGUCAUGUUUUUAUUAG